CCUCCGCCUCGGACACACCUCUGGCUGCCUCUGGCGUGGUGGUGGAGGCCGCCCGGCCGCGGUCACUCCACUCCGGCGGUGGCAGUGAAACGACUGGCACGACCAGGCACGACACCCCGACGAGGUAAAGUCGCGGCUCUGCACCUCGGCGUCGUGCGAUAAGGCACACCGUCACCGUGACCACGGCCUGGCCAGAGGCUGCGAGCAGAGUGACGAGCUGAGCGACAGCGCGUGUGUCAGACAGUGUCAGCGAGUGUCAGUCAGCAUGGCGGCCGUCGAGAGGAAGCAGCCCAAGGAAGAUGGCGGCCAGGACGGCGGCGAGGACGCCUACGGCUGGGGGAUGCGCCAGGUGCAGGUGGGGCUGCUGUUCGGCGCGCUGUCCAUGGCAUACGUCUUCCGCAUCAACCUGUCCAUCUGCCUGGUCGAGAUGACGGACAUGAACAGCACCCGCACCGACGUGGUGUUCUACGACUGGAACGCCAGCGAGCGCGGCCUUAUCCUGUCGUCCUUCUUCUGGGGCUACAUCGUGACGCAGGUGCCGGCCGGCAUCCUGGCGGUGCGCUACGGCCCCAAGUGGUUCCUGUUCGUGGGGGUGGUGGCGUGCUCCGUGCUGAGCGCGCUCACGCCGCUGGCCGCGCAGUGGGGCGGCUGGCAGCUGGUGCUGGCGUGGCGCGUCAUGCAGGGGCUGGUGCAGGGCUUCAUCUACCCGUCCUCGCACGCCAUGCUGAGCCGCUGGGUGCCGCCGCUGGAGCGCGGCCGCGCCACCGCCAUCGUGUACAACGGCAUCUCGGUGGGCACGGUGGCGAGCAUGGCGGGCGCGGGCGCGCUGUCCGCGUCGCCGCUCGGCUGGCCGUCGGGCUUCUGGGUCCCCGGCGUCAUCGGGCUGGUGUGGGGCGCCGCCUGGGUACUCCUGGCCGCCGACGCGCCCUCCACCUGCAAGCGCAUCAGCCCCGCCGAGCGCGCCUACAUCGAGAGGGCCUUCGGCGACACGUCCAGCGGCCAGAAGAAGCACCCCGUGCCCUGGAAGGCCAUCAUGACGUCGCUACCCAUGUGGGCCCUCAUCAUCGUGCACUCCGGGCAGAACUUCGGCCACUGGACGCUGCUCACGGAGAUGCCCGCCUACAUGAAGCAGGUGCUGGGCUUCGACAUCGAGGCCAACGCCGUCUACUCGUCCCUGCCCUACAUCUGCCUCACGAUCUCGUCGCUGUUCGUCAGCUGGUUCGGCAAGGUCGUCAAUGAGAACGGCUGGCUGUCGCUCAACGUGUCGCGCAAGACUUUCCAGAGCGUCGCUCACUGGGGCUCCGGCGCGACUAUGCUGGUGCUGGGGCUGGUGAACGUGUCCUCGACCAUGGCCAUCGUGCUGCUGUGCGUGGCCGUGGCCUUCGAGGCCGGCACCCUCACCGGCUACCUGUGCAACCACAUGGACAUGUCGCCCAACUUCGGCGGCGCCAUGAUGGGCGUCACCAACUGCCUGGCCGCCGUGGUGGCCAUCAUCGCCCCGCUGCUGGUGGCCGCCAUCACGGGCGACUCCGAGAAGUUGACGCUCGAGGAGACCACCAUGCGGUGGAACAUCGUGUUUAUCCUGGCGGCUGGCGUCUACUUCGUCGGCAACCUGCUGUGGGUGCUCUUCGGCUCCACCGACGUGCAGCCCUGGAACACGCCCAAGCAGGACGAGGAGGAGGGCCUGCACUCAGGCUCAGGCGACACCACUGCCACAGUGGAGGAGCACUGCAAGUGAUCGCGACGAACUCCUCUCCUCACUGAGAGGGUAAUGAUCGACACCUGUGCAAGCUUCGCGGGCGGGUUAAAUCUAGUCAUUGAGAAAGCUGUGAUUUUGUGGGUAGUUCGGAAUCGCUCCGCGCCGCUCCGCGCGGGCCGCGGGGCGGGCUAGUGGGUUGGUGCAAGCCCCUGUGCAAAUGGUUUGAUACAGUUGAUGAACGCUGCGAGAGAGGCCACUCAGAGAAUGACAUAGGAAAAGAAGGUUUAUGGAUGAAAAAAAAAGACUACUCCGUACGAUUAAUUGUAUGAAUGAUGUUUUUAUUAAUUUUUCUUCGUGAGCAAAGUGUACAAAAAUAGUUGUCUAAGAACACAAUUUUCUUAAAUUUUGUAUACAUUUGUUUGUUUUUAAUUUUUGUAAUAAAGAAAAGCGAUAUUCGUA